AUGAAGCAGCGCUUUUCGUCCCUCGACGUCAAGGUCAUUGCACACGAGCUUCAGCAAACUCUGGUCCCGCUGCGCGUCACCAAUGUCUACGAUCUUUCCUCGCGCAUCUUCCUCUUCAAGUUCCACAAACCCGACCACCGCGAGCAAUUGAUUGUAGAAUCGGGCUUCCGCUGCCAUCUUACCUCUUACGCCCGCACCACUGCUUCUGCCCCGUCCGCAUUCGUCGCGAAGCUCCGCAAAUACCUCAAGACACGAAGAGUCACUGCCAUCUCGCAGGUCGGCACCGACCGCAUAAUAGAAUUUCAGUUCUCGGAUGGACUGUACCGGCUAUACUUCGAAUUCUACGCGGGUGGAAACAUCGUGCUCACAGACGGAGAUUUGAAGAUCCUGUCUCUACUACGCAACGUCGAGGAAGGCGCCGAACAUGAACAGCUGCGGGUUGGACUGCAGUACAACCUCUCGCUGCGUCAGAACUAUGGGGGCAUUCCCGAACUUACGAAAGAGCGGGUUCAACAAGCGCUUCAAAAGGCCGUGGAUCGCCAGAAGGAUCAGCCUGCCGCGUCGGGCAAGAAGGCGAAGAAGUCGCACAAGGAUGCGCUUCGGAAAGCGCUUGCAGUCUCAAUAACAGAGUGUCCGCCAUUGCUGGUCGACCAUGCGUUACACAUUGCCAGCUUUGACUCUUCGUUGAAGCCGGAAGAUGUGCUGGCCGACGACGGGCUGCUAGAAGGGCUCCUAGGCGUACUGCAACAGGCGCGAAAGAUCUCGGAAGACAUCACAUCGACGGAGCAGAUCAAGGGCUACAUAUUAGCGAAGCCCAAUCCCGCAGCUCCCAAGGAAGAAGAUCCGGCGGAAGAAGUUGCUUCGGGCAAGUCCAAUGUUUUGUAUGACGACUUUCACCCUUUUCAGCCCGAACAAUUUAAAAACUCGGAGUACCAAUUUCUAGAGUUCGAUGGGUUCAACAAAUGCGUAGACGAGUUCUUUUCCUCGAUUGAAGGCCAGAAGCUGGAAUCGAAACUGCAUGAGCGCGAGUUACACGCACGGAAAAAGUUGGAUCAAGCGCGCAAAGAGCACGAAAGCCGUAUUGGAGGCUUACAACAGACACAGGAGCUGAAUUUCCGCAAGGCAGAGGCUAUCCUUGCCAACAUCCACAGGGUAGAUGAGGCAAUGGCUGCUGUCAAUGGGUUGAUCGGCCAGGGAAUGGACUGGGGCGAGAUUGCACGAUUGAUCGAGCGGGAGCAGGAGCAAGGCAACGCCGUGGCACAGCUUAUUAAGCUACCCCUGAAGUUGCACGAAAACACCAUCACGCUGCUCCUCGAAGAAGCUAAUGAAGGCGAAGGGGAUCAAGAAGAAGAUGAAGGCUACGAGACGAGCGAGGUCGAAGAGUCCUCUGACGAAGAUGAACCAUCAGAAAGCAAGAAGAAAGCCACUGCACCGCAAGCACCGGUGCAGUCAACACUGAGCAUCGACGUCGACCUCGGUCUGACCGCGUACAAGAACUCUAGCGAAUAUUUCGAUCAGAAAAAGACCGCCAAGGGCAAGGAGGCUCGUACGAUCGAAGCAUCUGAGAGAGCAAUGAAGGCUCACGAGCGUAAAGUGGCUGAGGACCUGAAGAAGGGUCUCAAGCAAGAGAAAGAGGUGCUUAGACCUGUGCGCAGGCAGCAGUGGUUCGAAAAGUUUAUUUACUUCAUCUCGUCCGACGGAUACCUCGUGCUUGGUGGCAAGGAUGGCCCUCAGAACGAGAUCAUUUACCGCCGAUACCUACGCAAAGGCGACAUCUACGUUCAUGCAGACCUCAAGGGUGCAGUACCCAUGGUCAUUAAAAACAACCCGCACACACCAGACUCUCCAAUACCCCCUUCGACUCUCUCCCAAGCCGGACACCUUUCCGUCUGCACGUCCGAGGCAUGGGAUUCGAAGGCAGUCAUGUCUGCAUGGUGGGUCAAGGCCGAUCAGGUCAGCAAAAUCGGCCAUGGAGGAGAAUUCCUUGCGACAGGCAUGUUCAACAUCACCGGCCGGAAAGAAUUUCUCCCACCCGCUCAGUUGGUAGUAGGAUUAGCCGUCAUGUUUGAGAUCAGCGAGGACAGCAAGGCCCGCCAUCGGAAGCAUCGCGUCAAUGAUGCCGUACCUACACUCGAAAACAAGGAGGACACCACCGCAGCAGGUGAUAGCAAGGAUGGAGACAGUGAUAGCGACGAAGACUUCCCAGAUGCAAAGCCUGCAUCUGACUCGGAAGAUGACUUCCCUGAUACCAAGCUCGGAGAGUCUGACGAUAGCGAUGCAGAGGAGGAAACGGUAGCCCAUGCCAACCCAUUGCAGAGAGCGAACGAAGCGGCAGACUCGGAGGAUGAGGAUGAUACAGAAACACAGAAGCCUACUGCUCAGCCACAGAAGACGGGCGCCGCAAAGCGAUUGCCUCAGGAAGACGCUGGCUCAGUCGCAGAUUCGGAGAAGACCGACAAGACAGGGCAUCGCCAUCUUUCAGCCAGAGAACGUAGACUUCUCCGGAAGGGACAACCACUCAACGACAUAUCAGUACCGUCCGACCCGUCCACAGCUCCCGAAGCCGGCGCAGAAAGUGAUGCCGCAUCUGCCACAGACGACGAACCAACUCCCGCGUCCAGACCCCCAGCAACAGUUACAUCACAAGCCUCGAAAGCCUCCAAAGGCCCGCUCCCACGUGGCAAACGCGCCAAAGCCAAAAAGCUCGCCGCAAAGUACGCCGACCAAGACGAAGAAGACCGGCAACUCGCGCUCCGCCUCCUGGGCGCGCAGUCCGGACCCAGCGCCGCCGAAACCGCCGCCCAAGACCAGCGUAAAAAGGAGGAAGAAGCAGCCGCCAACAAGCAGCGCCGCCGCGAGCAGCACCUCCGCGCGCAGGCCACAGGCAAAGCCGCGGAAGAAGCGCGCCGCAUCGCAAACGCCGGCGACGCUGCUGCCCCCGCAGAAGACGAAGGCGACGACGAGCAGCUCGUGGCCAACCUCGCUAAUCUCGACGCCUUCAUCGGCCGCCCGCUCCCGGACGACGACCUCCUCUCCGCGAUCCCCGUCUGCGCGCCCUGGUCCGCGCUCUCGACGUACAAGUACAAAGCCAAGAUGCAGCCCGGGUCGCUAAAGCGCGGCAAAGCCGUCAAGGACAUCCUGUCCAAGUGGGACAACGCAGGUAAAGAUGCAAAAGCGACGGAUAAGUACGGCAAGGAUGUGGAAAGGAUCUGGCCAAGGGAGAUGGAGUUGAUCCGCGGCUGGAAGGAGACGGAGGUUGUAAGCGUGGUGAGCGUGCCGAAGGUUAGGGUCAUGAUGGCGGGCGGGAGGGAUGGUGGGGGGCUGAGCAAUGCGGCGAAGGGGAAGAAGAUGGCUAAGCGGGGUGGGAGGGGGAGCAAGAAGAGGUAG